CCCCAAGUCCCCCGCAAAGCCCCCAACCCUACGGAGCCCCGCCAUCCCCCAAAACUACCUGUUUCCUAAAACCCUAGUUAUCUCUUCCAAAGCCGAUCGACGACGAUGACGAGCUCUUUGGAUAUGUCCCUCGAUGACCUCAUCAAGAAAAACAAGAAGUCGACCGCCGGCAGCGGUGGCGGCCGGGGGCGGGGGAGAGGGUCCGGCGGCCCCGCCCGCCGAUUCUCGGACCGGUCCGGGAACCGCUUGGCGCCCUAUUCGACGACAAAGGCGCCCGACGCGGCGUGGCAGCACGAUAUGUAUGCGAAUCAGACGGGGGGUCAUUCGGCUCCGGCGGCGAGGGUUUCUGCUAUCGAGACCGGCACCAAGCUCUACAUCUCCAACUUGGAUUACGCUGUCUCCAACGAGGACAUCAAAGAACUCUUUUCGGAGGUUGGCGAUCUCAAACGUUACUCGAUCCAUUAUGAUAGGAGUGGAAGAUCAAAGGGAACGGCUGAAGUUGUUUUUUCAAGGCGGGUGGAUGCUCUAGCUGCUGUCAAGCGAUACAACAAUGUGCAACUUGAUGGGAAGCCAAUGAAAAUUGAGAUUGUAGGAACAAAUAUUGAGACACCUGCUACUGGGCCGCAGAUUUCAACCAGGGCUUUCGGAAGUAUUAAUGGCGCCUCCAAAAGCAGUGGACCUGGGAGUGGCAGCUCUACAGGAUGGCCACGAGGUGGUGGUGGUGGCCGCAGACGGGCAAGGGGCCGUGGACGAGGUAGAGGCCGUGGUAGUCAGGUUACUACUUCAGAUCUUGAUGCUGACUUGGAGAAGUACCACACAGAGGCAAUGCAAAUCAACUGAAAGCUUGUGCCAUGGUGCUUUGUGUGUUUUCCUCCACUUGGUUAAUUCUGCUCAAAAUUUGCAUAUUUCUAUAAAUGUGUGACUAUAGGUACUUAUGGAGUGGGGGGAUCACGACUCUUUAGUAUUAUUACUGGUAUGUGGGACUCGGGAUUUAGCUGUGGUUGACUCGUUUGGAUUUCAACAUGAUACAUCUGUUAAAUGGACUAGUGAUUGCCUCUUACACAAUCGUGUAGUUUAGUCAGAUUUCUGCCGCAGAUCUUGAAGCUGACUUGGAGAAGUACCACGCACAGGCAAUGCAAGUCAACUGAAAGCUCUCAUCUUGGUGUGCUGCAUCCACUUGCUCAAAAGUAGUUUAUUUCUAUAGUUGUGUGACAUUAGGAAGUGGAUCACGACUCCUUGGUCUUAUUACUGGUUUGUGGGCCUUGGGUUUUACUGUUAUUGGCUCCUUUUAGUUUCAACAUGAUACAUCUGUUUAAGGGACAACGGGUGAUUGCCCCUUACGCAAUCAUGUAAUUUAGUUGGUCUUGCUUUCUUUAGAUCCAACCCUUGCAGAAUGCAGCCGAGAAGUCAUUUGGUGGAGGUGAUCACUCUUCAAAGUCAUUAUCAGGAGUAAUCUGAUACAUGUGAAUCUGUAGUUUCUUCUUUUACUUUGCAGGCCAUAAUAUCUUUAUGUUCUCUUUUUUAACAUAUUGAUGAUGUAUCUUGAGUUUGGUGUUUUAAGUCUGAAAGCUGACACUUCUGAAUUAUAGCAUUUUAAUCCCUUUGUAGUAUGUUGAGGACCGGUGCACCCUGAUGUUGGAGUUGCAUGCCGGAUUACAUCCUUUUUUAUUGCAUAAUUUAUGAGGUUAAUCAA